AAAAGAGUAAGAUACUCAUUUUCUGUUCAGUACGGCAUAUAAACAACAACUUAUCGGACUAUGAAAUUUCAUCCAAAAAAUAUUUUUAAUAUUUCUGACAUAAAGAAGAGUGUUCUUAAGUAUGGAUUAGUUGUACUUAACAGACCAAUUCUUCUACAUAAAGAACUUGUUAAAGUUUUGUGGAAUCAUUCAUCUAUUAAUAUCACAGUCGAUGGAGGAACUAAUCGUUGGCUUUCAUGGAUAAUUGAAAAUGAAUUAGAAGAAAAGAUGAAGCCACCGUGCUUUAUAACAGGAGACAUGGACUCUUGUCAUUCAGAAACAUUAAAAUAUUUCAAUAAGACAAAAGUCAUAAGCACACCUGAUCAAGAUGCCACAGAUUUUACAAAAGCACUUAAUGUCCUGGAUUCCUUCGUUAAUAAACUCGAAUUGUCACACAUUGUCGUUAUUUGUGAGACUUCAGGACGAUUUGAUCAAAUCAUCGCCAAUAUCAACACACUGUUUGAGAACAAUCAGAAACCUAAAGAAAUAGUCCGUCCUGUUUAUAUUUUAACCUCUAAUAGUGUCACAUGGCUACUUCCACCAACAUCCAUCAAUUCAAUGCAUGAAAUUCACAUUCCUAUUAAUGUUAAGAACCAAUGGUGCUCUCUUAUUCCUAUUGCCAAUUCAGCUAUCGUGACAACGAGUGGACUAAAGUGGAAUUUAGAUCAUAAUAAAAUGGAGUUUGGUGGGAUUGUAAGCACAAGUAAUAAGUAUGAUGAUCAAUUAGAUGUUGUUAAAAUAGCCACAGACUCGAUAUUAAUUUGGUCGAUGGGAGUUCAGAAUGAAGACUAAACUCGAAUUAGGAAUUGACAAAGGAAUCAAAAGAAUUGAUUUUUGGAUUGUCUUGGAUUAUAUUUUCUAGAGGUGAUCAAUCUAUAUUGUACCUCAUAUCAUGAUAAUUGUAAUUUGACUACUACAAAGGCAUGUAAUGUCUCCUUUCGUCCAAAAACUAUUAGUACUACUUAUUAGAAAAACAUCAGUGAUCUCUGUAGACUAUAAUGAUGAAUGGCAGUUUUAUAGCAAGUCCUCAAUUUUAGCAAAUGAUUUUGGAACUG